AUACGACAAAUCAAAACUAAUUAAAUGCUCUCCCUAAUGUCCGGUCAUCUCUGUAUCUCACAGCUUCAAGGCUGAAAUUCGACUCUCAAUCUUUCCCAGAACAGCUUUCCUCCUCCUUUAACCACUGCACCAAAAACAAAACUUCUCCUGUCUCUCUCCUUCUUUCUCUUGAUUUCCCGAAAGGAAGCUAGCACAGAAAGUAACAGAGAAACGAUGCCGUGCUAGAUGCUCUGAGAGACAAAUUGAAAUAACCAAUCAUGGCUAUAGCUGAGCACAAGUCUCCGUCUGAUACUAAUAAUAAUAGUACGAACAACAACAAAGUUUGGGGACUCUUCAAGAUGCCGUUUAGAGGAGGCAACGGUAACACGACGCCGUCUUCGUCAACGCAUCAACACAGUCAAAGUAACUCACAAGUUGAAGGAUCGAAUACUCAGGCUUCGAAUUCGGUGUCUUCUGUUGCCAGAUCGCUUUUGCUAACACGGCGUCGUCUUAAACUUGAUCCUGCAACUAAGCUUUACUUUCCUUAUGAACCUGGGAAGCAGGUCAGAAGUGCCAUCAAAAUAAAAAAUACUAGCAAGUCUUUUGUAGCUUUCAAGUUUCAAACAACUGCACCAAAAAGUUGUUUCAUGCGUCCUCCAGGAGCUAUACUUGCCCCUGGGGAAAGUAUCAUAGCGACUGUAUUCAAGUUUGUUGAGCACCCAGAAAACAAUGAGAAACCAAUGGAACAGAAGAGCAAGGUUAAAUUUAAAAUAAUGAGCUUAAAGGUGAAAGGCAUGAUGGAAUAUGUACCUGAGCUGUUUGAAGAGCAGAAGGAUCACGUAGCAAUAGAGCAAAUAUUGCGAGUCGUUUUCCUAGAUCCAGAGCGGCCAAGUCCUGUUCUAGAGAAGUUGAAGCGUCAAUUGGCUGAUGCUGAUGCUGCAGUUGAAGCACGCAAAAAGCCUCCAGAAGAAGCAGGUCCAAGAAUUAUCGGGGAAGGACUUGUGAUAGAUGAAUGGAAAGAGCGAAGAGAAAGAUACCUCGCUCGACAGCAAGUUGAAGGAGUGGACUCUGUAUAGAGCAACAACAGUUGUCCUCAAGGUGCCUUCAUAUGAACAAGUAAAUUUUAUAUAUUUUCACCAUUCAGUAUAUUCAUGCAAUCUUUUCAUGUAACAUGAAAGUUGUUGUUGUAUUCAGAGGAUCAUGUAGGAAACUCCAACAUGUUUCUAUGUAAAAAUUAAAAGAAAAUGUGAGGUGAAUUUUUUGUGAUUUGAGAUGUUAAAACUCAUGCUGUCACCUUCUGCCUGUAGAUAAUUGUGAUUUUGUUUUCCCUAUUUUUUUUCCUCUCUGUUACCAAAUAAAACUGUCUUUCAUGGGAUGUAAUGCA